UGAAUCUGUUAAAAGAGAUAGUAAAUCUCGUGGAAAAUGGCCUUCAGUGAUCUUACAUCAAGGACUGUGCGUUUUUACGAUAAUUGGAUCAAAGAUGCUGAUCCAAGAGUCGAAGAUUGGCUCCUUAUGUCCUCCCCUCUGCCACAAACCAUCAUCCUGGGACUCUAUGUCUACUUUGUCACAUCUCUGGGACCAAAACUCAUGGAGAAUCGAAAGCCAUUUGAACUCAAGAAAGCGAUGAUAACGUACAAUUUUUUCAUAGUACUCUUUUCUGUGUAUAUGUGUUAUGAGUUUGUGAUGUCUGGCUGGGGUACAGGUUAUUCUUUUCAAUGUGACAUUGUUGACUAUUCAUGGUCACCCACAGCUAUGAGGAUGGUACACACCUGCUGGCUGUAUUACUUCUCCAAAUUUAUUGAGCUGUUAGACACUAUCUUUUUUGUUCUGCGUAAGAAAAAUAGCCAAGUGACUUUCCUUCAUGUCUUCCAUCAUACCAUCAUGCCAUGGACCUGGUGGUUUGGAGUCAAAUUUGCUGCAGGUGGUUUGGGGACAUUCCAUGCCUUCAUAAACACAGCUGUGCAUGUAGUCAUGUAUUCCUACUAUGGACUAAGUGCAAUGGGACCAGCCUAUCAGAAGUAUUUGUGGUGGAAAAAGUACUUGACAUCUUUACAGCUUAUCCAGUUUGUCAUUGUCACUAUCCACAUAGGCCAGAUCUUCUUCAUGGAGGAUUGCAAGUACCAGUAUCCAGUCUUUCUGUACAUUAUCAUGAGUUAUGGGUGCAUCUUUUUGCUGCUAUUUCUCCAUUUUUGGUAUCGUGCUUACACCAAGGGUCAGAGGCUGCCAAAGACUAUAAAAAAUGGAAACAGUAAAAGCAAACAUCACUAAAAUAUAAUUACAACAUGAAUCUAUGAUUGAGAUCGAUACCUUGUCUUCCUUGACAAUCUAGAGAUAUUUACCUAUGCAGUAUAUUUUGUAUAUUUUUUCAAAACCAAGAGCUUGUAUUUUUAUGAUAAGUUAUUGGGGUUUCUGAUCUUUGAGACCCAAAG